AUGGAGGCGGCGGCGACUUCUGCUUCUGCUUCUCCACAGUUCUCAGCCGUUAAAUGUUUCUCCACGUCAUCGCUAUCCUCCAGUUCCUCCGUAUCUCAUUCUCUCAACUUCUUACGCUGUAAACCGGUAGGGAAAUCUCUCAAAUUUAAACAUUCCAAUGGCUUCUCUAUCCGCGCCUCCGCUUCCGGCGGUGGAGAUAAUGUGGUGACUUUACUUGAUUAUGGUGCUGGAAAUGUUCGCAGCAUCAGAAAUGCAAUUCGUUUUCUUGGCUUCGACAUCAAGGAUGUACAAACUCCAGAGGAUAUCAUGAAUGCAAGACGCCUUAUUUUCCCUGGUGUAGGUGCAUUUGCUGCUGCCAUGGAUGUCUUGAACAAGAGAGGAAUGGCUGAGACCCUUAUCCGUUACAUUGAGCAGGAUCGCCCAUUUCUAGGCAUCUGUCUUGGGCUUCAGCUGCUCUUUGAGUCAAGUGAAGAGAAUGGUCCAGUGAAAGGCCUUGGCUUGAUUCCCGGGGUUGUUGGAAAGUUUGACUCGUCAAAGGGUUUGAGAGUACCUCAUAUUGGUUGGAAUGCUCUCCAAGUAAAGGAGGGCUCUGAAAUUUUGGAUGAUAUCGGAAACCGCCAUGUGUACUUCGUGCACUCUUACCGCGCAAUGCCUUCAGAUGAAAAUAGAGAGUGGAUAUCAUCUACCUGCAGUUAUGGUGUCAAUUUCAUUUCAUCCGUCCGUAAAGGAAAUGUUCAUGCUGUUCAAUUUCACCCGGAGAAGAGUGGAGAUGUUGGCCUUUCUGUGCUGAGAAACUUUUUGGAUCCAAAGGAUGGGAGAACGAAGAAGCCAGUCCAGGGGAAGGCCUCCAAACUUGCGAAAAGGAUAAUUGCAUGCCUUGAUGUAAGGGCUAAUGACCGAGGUGACCUUGUUGUUACCAAAGGGGACCAGUAUGAUGUAAGAGAGCAAACAGACAACAAUGAGGUUCGAAACCUUGGCAAGCCAGUGGAUCUUGCUGCGGAAUACUACAGAGAUGGAGCUGACGAGGUUAGCUUUUUGAACAUCACAGGUUUCCGUGAUUUCCCUCUUGGAGACUUGCCAAUGCUGCAGGUUUUGAGAUAUACUUCAGAGAAUGUUUUUGUACCGUUGACAGUUGGGGGCGGUAUUCGAGAUUUUACUGAUGCAAAUGGAAGGUGGUAUUCCAGUUUGGAAGUUGCUUCAGAAUAUUUCAGGUCUGGAGCAGAUAAGGUCUCAAUUGGCAGUGAUGCUGUAUACGCUGCAGAAGAAUAUUUAAGAACUGGAGUAAAAACUGGGAAGAGCAGCCUGGAGCAGAUAUCCAGAGUCUAUGGUAAUCAGGCUGUGGUGGUUAGUAUUGAUCCUCGUAGGGUAUAUGUAAAGGAUCCAAAUGCGGUGAAAUUCAAGACCAUCCAAGUGAGAAGCCCAGGUCCAAAUGGAGAAGAAUAUGCCUGGUAUCAGUGCACAGUGAAGGGUGGUCGUGAAGGUCGGCCAAUUGGGGCAUAUGAACUUGCCAAAGCUGUCGAGGAUCUAGGAGCUGGGGAAAUAUUGCUGAAUUGCAUUGACUGUGAUGGCCAAGGUAAAGGAUAUGACAUAGAUUUGGUGAAGUUAAUUUCGGACAGUGUCAGUAUUCCAGUUAUUGCAAGUAGUGGAGCUGGCAUAGUAGAACACUUCUCGGAAGUUUUCUUAGAGACGAAUGCAUCCGCUGCCCUUGCCGCUGGCAUUUUUCAUCGCAAAGAGGUGCCUAUUCAAUCUGUUAAAGAGCAUUUGUCAAACACAGGAAUUGAAGUUAGACUUUGA